GUGAGAUACUGUUAAUUUUGUAAAUGGGCCCAUUCUGGUUUUGGUCCUGAUCAAAAUGGAGGGUCCAAAUAUUUUGUUUGGGGUUUCCAAAAACAAGACCCAAGAAGACAAUGGGCAACUCACAAAUGGUAAGCGUGGCAGUUUCUUGAUCACAUUUUCCCUAGGAAACGCCAAUGCUACCUGUAACAAACGAAGUAACGAACCAAACCAACAGAAUUCUCCAAGUUCUAGUAGCUGUCCGGUCAUGGCUUCAAUGGCACAAUUUUGUUACAUUCUUGGACCCUCAAACUUUAGACAAAAGUACAGUAGUUUCAGAUCUUGCUUCCAAAAUCCCAUUUACAGAAAGAACGCACUCUCUUCUAUCAAUUUAACAUUUCAUGCAAAGCCACCAUCAGUCUCUUCUUCCAUUGUUUGUUCUGCUGCUAAUAAGCCCUCUUCCUCCUCAGAAGUUAGUUCUUCAUCCAAGAUAAGGAGUGAAGUUCUCUCUCCCUUUCGGUCUGUGCGGAUGUUCUUUUACCUUGCAUUCAUCGCAAGUGGUGCCUUGGGAGGAUUAAUAGCCUUAACACAGUUAAUUGCUGCCCUAAACAAUCCUGCAAGAUCAUCUGAAGUCCCUGACAUUUUAACAAGUCUUGGCAUAGACAUUGGAGCAGCAUCUUUCUUUGCAUUUCUGUAUUUCAGGGAGAACACUGCUAAGAACGCACAACUAGCCAGACUCUCAAGAGAAGAAAGCCUUUCUAAUCUUAAGCUUCGAGUGGAUCAAAAUAAGAACAUUUCUGUAGGCAGUUUGAGAGGAAUUGCUCGUAUUGUAGUAUGUGCUGGCCCUGCAUCAUUCAUCAUAGAGUCAUUCAAAUUUAGCGAGCCAUUCACUGAGAGCCUUCUGGAAAGAGGGGUGCUGGUGGUUCCUUUCGCUACAGAUGGGAAUUCACCUAGUCUUGACUUUGAUGACAGUGAAGACAUGAAAGAGAUCACUUCAAAAAGAAAGAGGCUUUGGCAGUUGACCCCAGUUUAUGUUUCUGAGUGGACUGAGUGGUUGGAUGAGCAAAAGAAAUUGGCUGGUGUGUCCCCUGAAUCUCCUGUUUAUUUAUCUCUGCGCUUGGAUGGUCGUGUGCGUGGAAGUGGCGUUGGUUAUCCUCCUUGGAAUGCUUUUGUUGCUCAGUUGCCACCUGUAAAGGGACUAUGGUCAGGUCUUCUUGAUGGAAUGGACGGAAGAGUUCUUUGAAGGAAGGAGUGAUCACAAUCUAAAGCUAAACGCGAACAGUCAACCAGCAUCAAGUUGAUUAACAAUUUUGGCUUCUCUACUCUGCUACCAGAUUUUUUUCUCUUACUUCUAGUUCUUUAUUGCAGAUCUUGCAGGGUUCUGCCCCACCUGUUAUAUGAUAGUCUCCUUUCCAUAGCAAUGUUAUUAUCUACAGAUCUGUUUUUUUUAAUCCUUUCAUCUAUGAUACCUCAAUUUAGUAAUUGCAAUUUUCUUUUGUAUGCAAUCAGAAUGAGAAACCUAGAGGAACUGAGUUAUAUUGCAUAUGGUAGCUUGUUGAGUGGUUGUAAUAACAUCAUGUUCCCGGCAGCUGCUCUAUUUUUACAUUUGUAUUCCGGUUGGAUCCAAACUGCGUUUUGAACUGCAACAAAAACAGUAUAAUUUGCUAUCAUAAUUGAGUUUCAGGAUCACAAGAACCUUUUAGGCUUCAUAUAUUGCUUUACAGGUUUCCGAUCACAAUUAAAAAUUAACCAACCUCAAUGGGAUUUGGAACCCAAAGCCACUUUUGGAAAACAUGUUAGUGUUAAACUAGCUCUAAAUCUGCUUG